GGGCUGGUUAGAAAAGGGAGCGCCGGGAAGCGCGCCCUGCACUCGGCUCCGGCGCUCGGGAUGUGGGGCGGCUCCCGCGCCGUCUGGAAGAGGAGGUUCAGCUGCUAUGGUCCCUGGGAGGCGGCAGAGAGCUGCGUGGUUCCCACCUCGGCCAGCGUGUACCGGCGGCUGCAGGAGAGCCCGCGGGGGGCCGGGGGGCAGCUCCUCAAGUGCGAGUCGGAGGACUCCGGGCUGGAGAUGGGCAGCACCGAGCAUUCGCCGUCCCCCCCCGCGGGCUCCGAGAGCCGCUUCCCCCUCGAUGGGCUCGCACCGGAGCGGACCCCGGCGGCGGAGGAGCCGGGCACGGAGCCCCCCCGCCUGCCCCAUAGGAGGCUGGCGCAGGCGGCGCAGCGCAGCCGGAGGCAGCGGGUGCUGGGGCGAGGGCACCGCGGGGCCGCGAAGCCCCCUCGGGAGGCGGAGGAGGCCGCAGCGGAGCAGCCCGGGGAUGCGGCACCCAGCGGGGCCGAGCCGGGGCAGGGGCUGCGGUACCUGGAGCACGUCUGCCAGAUGCUGGAGCGCUUGGCCAAGCUGCAGGAGGACAACCGGCUCCUGCGGCAGCAGGCGGAGGGCACCCAGAGCACCCGCCCGGACGCCACGCACAGCCGGGACGCAGCCCUGUGGAAGGGUGAACGGUUCCGGCCGCGCUCCUGCUCGGACAGCCAGGCUGCCGCCCCUGACGCUGCCCCAUGCCACAGGACAUGGGGGUACUCAUCCAGCUCCCCCAGCCUGCUGGACCCCACCGACAGCGCGGCCGCUGCCCCGGCACCGGACAAGGAUGGGCGCUCGCACUGGGGCCGGGUGAAGGCGCUGCUCACCCGCCUGACCCGGCGCUCGCUGCGGGGGGGCCGCUGCAGGUAGGGCCGGGGCCGGGACCGGGGCCGGGGGUCCCGGUCCUGCUGCUGCCAAUGGAUG